AUGCAGGAAGCCGGCUACGAUUUACAAAGCCAAUACGAGUAUCUUAUUUUCCAUUUAUACUAUAUCGUCCCUCGUCUCGGUCGCGCCCCUUCAUACACUCAAAAGUGGAAGAGCUUCAUGACGGAUGACUUCUCGCCUUUGGAGUACAGCUGGAAUUGGGGGACAAAUAACAGUAGUCCAAACAUACGGUACAGCGUCGAGCUGAUUGGGGAUCAUGCUGGGUCAUCAAUUGACCCGCACAACCAACAUUCGACCAUAGAGCUUUGCGAUCAACUACAGUGGGACCUUCCAGGGACAAAUACGAGUCUGUUUAACGUUAUGCAAAAGGUUUUCUAUGACCCCAUAGUCACUCUUGCCGAGACCGCACCUGAUGUGGCCAACCGUAGCUCGCCUUCCUCGUUGUUUCUUGCGUUUGAGCUAGGAAAGCGCAUCGCAACAAAAGCUUAUUUCAUGCCUGUCAAAGCCGAGCAACAUGGCAUAUCGCGUGUCACCGUUCUCACCCAAGCAAUCGAGGCCCUCCGCAAGAGCGGAUAUCCGUGCACAGGAUAUGAGAAGCUCUUAAGAUUCAUGGCAACAGAACAAGGUUCCUCUCUAGAAAUCAUCAUAGUCGGAAUCGAUUGCGUCGAACCUAAAGACUCCCGCCUGAAAGUGUACCUACGCUCCCCCCACACCAGCUUCUCAAAAGUCUGCGAAACACUCACACUCGGAAACACGUUGGAUACACUUUCCGACGACACUCGAACCAACCUGAAAGAUCUAUGGCGUCUGACUCUGGGUCUCCCCUCCGACUUCUCCGAACACAGCGAAUUACAUUCCAAAGAUCACGAAACUGCCGGUAUACUGUACUACUUCGACAUUCAGAUCAAUGGCUCGGGCUUGCAGCCUAAGCUAUACAUCCCAAUUAGACACUAUGCAACUAGUGAUGCUUCGGCGGCGAAUGGAUUGGGUAUGUAUCUCAAAAGUCGGCAACAAGACGCAUGCUUUCCCGACUAUAUGAGAGCAUUGCAGCGUACGUGUACGCAUCGUACUCUCGAUAUGCAUAGCGGAUAUCAAACCUACAUUGGGACUAGCUUCAAGAACGAUGGCUCUUUGUCUCUUUGCUCUUACAUCAACGGGGAAGCUUUCCAUCCUGAUCGGGUACAUGUCUGA